GGAGCCUGACACUCUCAGCCGGCCCCCCAGGCCCCACCAGCCCCAAGAUGAGCAGCAAUGACUCGGCCCUCAUGGCCGGAAUAAUCUAUUAUUGUCAAGAGAAGUACUUCCGACAUGUGCAGAAUGCGGCCGCAGAAGGCCUGGAGAAAUUCAGCAGUGACUCCGUUCUGCAGUUCUUCAAGGCGUAUGGCCUCCUGCAAGAAGAACACAUACAGGACGCCAUCGGAGAGCUGGAAAGUCUGAAGAAUCACGCGGAUGUGUCGCUGUGCUCCAUGAUGGCCCUCAUUUACGCCCACAAGCGCUGUGAGACCAUUGACCGGGAGGCCAUUUCCGAACUUGAAAAUUGUCUCAAGGAAGCCCGGAAAUCUGCCGGGGUGAACGCCUUGUAUUAUGCGGGGAUGUUCCUUUGGCUGAUGGGUAAAAACGAGAAAGCCAAGGAGUACGUGGACAGAAUGCUCAAAGUGUCCAGCGGAUCCAGAGAGGGCUACGUGCUCCGAGGCUGGGUGGACUUUACAUCUGACAAACAGCACACCGUAAAGAAGUCAAUCAAGUACUUUGAUCAAGGGAUUCGAGACACCAAGGAUGUGUUGGGCCUGAUGGGGAAGGCAAACUAUUUCAUGAUGCAGCAGAAUUACUCGGGUGCCCUGGACGUUGUUAAUCAAAUAACAGUUACGUUUUGUGACUUCAUCCCAGCAUUUAUCCUGAAGAUGAGACUCUUCUUGGCCCAGCAAGACUGGGAGCAAACUGUUGAAACAGGACAGCGAAUCUUAGAAAAAGAUGAAAACAACAUCGAUGCCCGUCAGGUUCUGGCCGUGCACGAGUUUGCAAUGGAAGGAGAUGUCAAUGAGGCGAUCAAUCACGUGAGAAAUCUGAUUAAGGCUCUGGAGACCAAGGAACCCCAGAACCCGAGCCUGCAUCUCAAGAAGGUCGUCGUCAUCAGCCGACUGUGUGGGAAGCACCAGAUCAUCCUGCAGCAGAUCCACAGUUUCAUCGAGCGCACCUUCCUGGCCGCGCCCUCAGAUGCCCAGUUCGCCAACGAGCUGGGCUACCAGCUCAUCCUUCAGGAGAGAGUGAAGGAAGCCUCUCUGUGGUACACGGAAGCCAUGAAGCUGGACGAGAGCAGCAUGGCGGCCCUGACAGGCAUCAUCUGGUGCCAGAUCCUGGAGGGCAACCUGGAGGAGGCAGAACAACAGCUGGAAUUCCUAAAAGAAGUUCAGCUGUCCCUGGGGAAGUCCGAGGUGCUCACCUUCCUCCAGGCGCUGCUGGCCUCCAAGAAGCACAAGAGUGAGCAGGCGGCCACAGCUCUCCUCAGGGAGGCCGCCGAGCUCCACUUCUCCAGCAUGCAAGGCCUCCCGCUCAGCAUUGAGUACUUGGAGAAGCUGAACCCCGCCUUCCUGGUGAACAUCGUGAAAGAGUACCUGGCCUUCUGCCCCAAGCAGCCUAGAUCUCCAGGCCAGAUCAUAUCUCCUCUCCUCAAACAAGCAGCAGUGAUCCUGAACCCGGUGGUCAAAGUGGCGCCCGCUCUGAUCGACCCGCUUUACCUCAUGGCCCAGGUCAAGUACCUGUCAGGAGAGCUGGAGAACGCUCAGAGCGUGCUGCACAGAUGCCUGGAGCUCGACCCCACCUCCACCGACGUUCACCUCCUAAUGGCCCAGAUCUACCUGUCUCAGGGAAACUUCACCAUGUGUUCCCACUCCUUAGAGCUGGGAGUCAGCCACAACUUCCAGGUAUGCGAUCACCCGCUGUAUCACUUCAUCAAGGCAAGAGCCCUGAACAAGUCAGGAGACCACCGUGCAGCCAUCAGAACCCUGAAGAUGAUCAUGAAGCUGCCCACGAUGAAGAGGGGGGAGAACAAGAAGACCGGGAGCUCCUGUAUCCGGCCCAGCGAGCGGGCGUCCAUCCUGCUGGAACUGGCCGAUGCGCUGCGCUUGAAUGGGGAACUGCACGAGGCCACGAAGAUCAUGCAGGAUGCCAUUAACGAGUUCAGCGGCACCCCCGAGGAGAUACGGAUCACCAUCGCCAACGUGGACCUGGCCCUGAGCAAGGGGAAUGUGGAGAUGGCGCUUGGCAUGCUGAGAAACAUCACUCCCAAGCAGCCCUACUACACGGAGGCCAAGGAGAAGAUGGCGCACAUUUACCUUCACACGCGGAAGGACAUCCGGCUGUACAUUGGUUGCUACAGAGAACUCUGUGAACACUUGCCCGGUCCCCACACCAGUCUCCUCCUGGGAGAUGCCUUCAUGAAUAUUCAGGAGCCUGAGAAGGCUCUGGAGGUGUACGAUGAAGCUUACCGAAAGAAUCCUCACGACGCCUCCCUGGUCAGCAGGAUUGGGCAAGCAUAUGUGAAAACUCACCAGUAUAAUAAGGCCAUCAAUUACUACGAAGCCGCGCAGAAGAUCAGCGGCCAGGACUUCCUGUGCUGCGACCUAGCGGAGCUGCUGCUGAAGCUAAAGAAAUUCAACAAGGCAGAGAAGGUGCUGAAGCAGGCCCUGGACCACGACUUCGUGAAUGACAUCCCUUCCAUGAUGAAUGACGUCAAGUGCUUGCUUUUACUUGCCAAAGUGUACAAGAGUCACAAAAAGGAAGAGGUGAUGAAGACCCUGGACAAGGCCCUGGACAUCCAGUCUAGGAUUCUGAAGCGGGUGCCCCUGGAGCAGCCUGAGAUGCUCCCCUCCCAGAAGCAGCUGGCCUCCUGGAUCUGUGCCCAGUUUGGGGAGCAGCACCUCUCCGAGCGGGAUUACCCCAAGGCUGUCAAGGCCUAUAAGGACGCCCUGUCCUACUCCCCGAUAGACAACAAGGUGAUGCUGGAGCUAGCUCAGCUGUACCUGAUCCAGGGGGACCUGGAUGCCUGUGAGCAUCACUGCACCAUCCUUCUGCAGAGUGACCAGAGCCACGAGACUGCCUGCGUGAUGAUGGCAGACCUGAUGUUCAGAAAACAGAAAUAUGAUGCUGCUAUCAAUCUGUACCGUCAGGUUCUUGAAAAGGCCCCAGACAAUUUUUCAGUGUUGAACAAGCUGAUUGACCUGCUAAGACGGAGCGGGAAGCUUGAGGACGCGCCAGCCUUCUUUGAACUGUCCAAGAAAGUGUCCAGUCGGAUCCCACUGGAGCCAGGUUUUAACUAUUGCAAAGGCAUCUAUUGUUGGCAUGUCGGACAGCCCAACGAAGCCCUCAAGUACCUCAACAAGGCCCGCAAGGACAAUGAGUGGGGCCAGAGGGCCACCUAUAACAUGGUGCAGAUCUGCCUCAACCCGGACAAUGAGAUCAUGGGGGGAGAGGCGCUGGAGACGCUCGCCAUGGAGAACAGCAGCUCCACCGAGAAGAAGGAGUCUGAGCAGCUUGGGGUACGCACUGCGGAGAAGCUCUUACGGGAGUUCUACCCUCACAACAAAGAGGGGCAGGACCAGCUGAAGAUGCUGCAGAGCUACUGCCUUCUGGCCACCAAGGAGAAGUCCAACGUGGAGACGGCCCUCGGGGCCUUCAUUGAGAUGGCCCAGAUGGAAAAAGAAAGUGUCUCAGCCCUCCUGGCGAUGGCCCAGGCCUACACGAUCCUGAAGCAGGUCCCCAAGGCCCGCACUCAGCUCAAAAGGCUGGCCAAGGCUCCCUGGGCCCUGGCCGAUGCAGAAGACCUGGAGAAGAGCUGGGUUCUCCUGGCCGACAUAUACUGCCAAAGCGGCAAGUUUGACAUGGCCUCUGAACUCCUUCGCCGCUGUGUUCAGUACAACAAGUCAUGUUGUAAAGCCUAUGAGUACAUGGGCUUCAUCAUGGAGAAGGAGCAGGCCUACAAGGACGCAGCGAGUAACUAUGAGCUGGCGUGGAAGUAUAGCAACCGAGCCAACCCUUCCAUCGGUUUCAGACUUGCUUUCAACUACCUGAAAGACAAAAGAUUUGUAGAAGCCAUCGAGGUUUGCCACAGUGUACUGAAGGAGCACCCCAACUACCCGAAGAUCAGAGAAGACAUUCUGGAGAAGGCCCAGGGGUCCUUGCGGCCCUAGCUGGAGCCGGGCUGGGCACUGAGGACCAGUAGGAUCUGCUGGACAGGGCCCAGCCUAGAGGAAGGUGGGGGCUGGGGUAUACAGGGACCUUGUUGGAAGGAGAAAGACAGGACCUUCCCCUCGUCAAGGCUGCUCUGGGAGCACCUGCACCAUUAGAAUUUUAAAUUUCAAGGACCACAUGAUCUUUCUCGUUCUGCACUCUGUACCUAGUUGGUUUUGUUGUUUUGUUUUGUUUUGUUUUUUUAAUAGCAAAAUAACGGGUAUAUUUUCCACUAGGUGAAAAAAAAUGGUCACUAGGAGAUCUAAACCUUUUAUUUUGGAAAUGACAGGAUUAAGAGUAGAGAGACCUGACUCUCUGACCUGAAGCUUUAGGUCCCUUUCUCUCUAUGGGCCUCAGUUUACCCAUCUAUAGGAAGAAAAAAAGGAGAGGAGGAGAUAUUGGACUAGAUAAUCCCCUAAGGUCUCCUCACACUCUAGGAUUCAAAAAUUCAAAGUUUCAUGUCAUGUCUUGCAUUUAAUCUGUAAUGUGGUCACAGGGUCAUAGAUGUUAUCUUUAUCUGGUCAUCUGGUCCAACACUCUCCUUUUUCAUUUGAGGAAACCAAAGGCCAGAGAGGUUUAAGUGAUUUGUCCAAGGUCACUCAGGGAGCAAAUCAGAGAGCUGGGAUUCACACUCAGGACCUCUGUCAAAAUACUUUAUCUAUGAUGUCCAGAAUGUGCUCUGAGCGUGAGAUGUCUGGAAAUGUAACAGAGAAAGUGAAAUCUAAGCAGCCCCUGGUCUAAUGUGUCCCCCGUCCAGUCAAUACCUGUGCCACCUUCUUGAGCAUUGGGCCUCUCAUCCACUCCUUCCUAACAAUGAAGGAGGGAGAAAAAUGAUUCCAGUGGGCUGUUCACCUCAGAUCAACUCAACCAGCAUGAUCUGAGGACCGAAACUCAGCUGAAAGAAAAGGGGUUUGCAGGGCCAGGCGGAUGGGGAAACGCCAGAGCUGUCUCCAAGUGUGCCAGGGGUGGUUGGUUGGGAGAGGGCCCCAGAGGGCAGAGCCACAAGGAUGGGGGAAGGGUUGUAAAGAAGGAAGUGAGUGCUGGCUGCGUGUCAAGGCAGUCAGAGCUGUCCAGAAGCACAGAGGCUGGCAGGGGGCUUCUGGCCCCUGGAGGUCUGCACAGGCCAAGGCUGAAAGGGGCAGUGUUGUUGCAGGAAAGCCUCAUGGGCUGUGGCCUGCACUGAAGGAAGGCUGGGCUUGGACAUGUGGCUGCCGGUCCUCUCCCUACCCUGGCCCUGACCUUCUCUGCCGGAAUGUUGUUGGGGGCUGGGGCUAGGGAAGUCGGGGAGAUUAAACCAAAGGACAGCAUUGAGACUCUCUUCUCCAAACCUUACACACACACACACACAUUAUAUAUUAUGUUUUAUAUAUAUAUUUAUAUAAAUACAUAUAUAUUGGCCCUCGGAAUGAGCUUGGCGCUUCUGUUGGCCAUAGGGAGAAGGGAGACUCCCCCAGCCAUGAGCUGUUCGCAUGUGCUGCGUGCCCACUGUCCUGGUCACCUUCUCUCACCAACGUGUGGGGUGUGUGUGUGUGUGAUAGGAUGCUGCUAAGGAAGCUAGGGCAGGGUAGUGGACAGGACCCUGGAUUGGCGGUCAGGGCACGGGAUCAGUCCUGCCUCUGCGGCUAGCCAGAUGUGUAAUCUUUGCAAAGUCACUUAAGCAGGUCAGACUUCCCUAAACAGAAAGUGGGACCAUUAAACCUUCCGUUCAAAUGACUUCUAAAGACUGA